AAAUGAAUAACACUUUACUUCCCAAUUUAGAUGAUAAGCCAUAUUACCACAUUUAUGAACCAACUCUUAAAGAGACACUUAAUGCCAGUAGUCUAUCCCAAUUUAUAAUUAGUUCAUGUGGAAUCAUAAACUGAAUCUCUUUCUCCUAAUGAUGAGAAAUCUAUUUACAUUCAUAACCUAAUUAUGAGAAUGUUUCCAGAAAUAUAAUUAAGAUAACAUAGCAUUCUCAUUUGUUAACAUUUGUACACUAAAACAUAUACAAUCUUCUUUAUGAAUUCAAAAUAAGUACCAUAUAGUUAUUGUUGUAAUCGUCCACUUCAAAUUCGUUGUUAUCCAAUUGGCUUUGGUUUAGUUUUAUGUUCAGGAGAACGAUGUUCAAAACCUGAAUUAAAAGCAUUUAAAUUUAGUGAUAAUACUCCAAAACUAGAAGAAAAAUUGAAUAACAAAUUGUCCAAACUUAUUUCAAUGGGAAAACAUAAACAUGUCAAUCUUAUCUAGUAGAAACAACGAUUUGGAUUAGAGGAGUUCAAAAAACAUGUCACAGAAGUACCAGACACAGUUGUUGUUAAACCUCGUUCACAAUCAUAUUAUAAGGGAAGUUCUAAUUACUUGAAACGACCCUAUAAAUUAUAAAAAUGGAUCCAUAAUUGAGUCACUACACAUAAUUCUUCAUCGUUGUCACCAAUCUUUGUAAGACCAACCAAAUCACUUCUGAACAGAAGGCUCUUCUCAAAACUAGUCUUACUCACAAAGAAGAGAAAAUUUGUCGUGUUCUCAUUCAAAAUAGUGGUCCUGGAAAGUAUUCGUGAACCUUCUCAUUUAAUUAGGGAAAUGUAAUUGCGACAAGCACUACUAGAUUAUUUAGAAGAAUAAAAUAAAGCAAUACAAAGAAGACGCUAACAUAAAUCCAAGACUGUUCACUUUAUGAAGGAUAUUACAGAUGAAGACAAAUAACAGAUUGAUUCUAAGCAACAAUAAUCAAUGCCCUAACCUUUAGCAGGUGUAGGUGCUCUAAUUAUUGAUCAACUUACAGAAUUGUUACAUAAGCAUAUAGACAAACAUAAUUUACUUGUACCAGAGGAUAAAGAUAAGUUAUUGUUAUUAUGCAAUUUAAUUCUACAACUUACAUCUGAAUAGGUAGAUGCCGAUGGCUAACAUGCAUAAAAUAAACGAUAAAAUAGUAAAUUAGCAGAAAUAAAUGAAAAAGAUGCCGAUUCUAGUGAAGAAGAUGAAUAUGAAAAAAUGAAAAGGUAAAUAGAUGAGAUCUACAAAGAGUUAAAGAAUAUUUUUACUGGCAACUUGCAUACUCAUUUGCUUUUAAUGUAAGAAGACAUUUCAUAUGAAAAUUUGUAUUAAGUACUAAAAUUCCUUCUCAAAAUACUUGUUGAUGCUGAUGAAUUUACUUUUUUCAUUCAUAGAGAUAAAGAUUGGGAAGUCUAUACUUCUGCAAAUGAUUCAAUUAAAGAUAUUACACCUGAAGAAGCUUAGAAAGUCACUGAUGAAUUAACAUAUAUUAGACCAGCUUAUAUUCACAGAGUAGAUUCAAAAUAAAAUCAAUAUCCAUAAAUAUAGGAGACGUGUAAAACUAAUUCAUAUGCAUAAACAUCUAUUGUUAAGUUUUAAUUACAUAUUAAAAAUUAUGAAGUUCUUUUCUGUUUGCAUUGGGCAGAUAAGGAUAAAAAGAAUAUUAAGAGAAACUUUAUUAAGUAAACAUAUCACUUAAUAUUCAUUUUAGUUUUGCUAACAUUUAUGGAUUCAAUUAAGAUGUUACUCAUUUGGCUUAGUUUUUAGUAGAAACUAUCAUAACUGCAAAAGUUUAAUUCUUCAAUCCUUUACGCUUUGCUGAUUAAGUCUAAGACAUUGGAAUUACUUUUAUGAGGAUUUCAAGAUUUUUAUUGAUUGAAGGAAUUAAAAAAGUUUUGAGUGUUAAAUAUGAAGUUGAAAAAGAACAACAAAAUUUAAAUGAUAGUGUUUCUAAGAAAGAGAAUAAUUCACCCAUAUUGAAAAUUGAAUUUAAAGAUACAAAUUCAGUAAUAUUAAGAAUUAAUAAUAUGGAUCUAAAAAAUGAACAAGAUUUACAUUUAUACUCACUUGUAUUAAUUAUUUUAUAUAUAUAAAUUAGAUUACUUAAAUCUAGGAGAAAUAUGAUGGCUAUGUAAAAUUAUGUUAUGAAAAAUCAGCAUUUUACAAAUAUUUUUUAAGAACAACAGACUCUCUAUUAUUUGAUUUUAACAAACAAGGGGAAUUAAUAUUUUUAAGUAGACCUAUUUCUAAGUCUUUAAAGUAAUAUAUAUAUAUUAAUUAAUAAUAAAUAGAUAGAAAUAUAAUAUAAAUUUUGAUCCAAAAGCCAUUUUAAACAAUAAAAUUACUUAUUAGGAUAUAUUCGCUGAAAAUAGUAUCAUUUCCAAUAUUGAGGUGAAUAUUUAAAAUAUUCAUGAAAAUAGGAGAAAUCAAUACUUAAGCAAUUUAGAAAUCCCAUAAUUUGAAAUAUUUCUUAAGGUGAUAGAUAAUGAUUUUAAAGGAUUUACAGUGAUAUUCCAUGAAAAUGAAGCUAGAAGACUUAAACAAUAUUUUAUGACUUUGAAGAUAGAUAAUAUGACAAAUGAUGUAUAGAAGGAAGCUGAAGUAAAUAAAUCAUUUGAAGAAGAUAUCUAAAAAUAAAUUCUAAUUUAAUAUAAUAGACAUUAAACUUUUAAAUUUCUAAAUUAGUUAGAUGAAACAUAAGAUGUUGCAAAUUCAAUGAUAGCUUUAUUCAUUCCUGAAAAUGAAUUAUAAUAAAUUCGACAUCGAAAAUGUGAUAUGAAAGGAUCUGAAUAACAUACAAAAGAUAUGUCAAUAGAUUCAUGGGUUAUACCACCAUAAAAAAAAAAGAAAAUUGGUUCUAGUGUGUAUAUAAAAUACUAACAGUAAUUAGAGUAAGUUGAUACAAACUAAUUUAAAAUUUGUGAGAGAGAUUCAUAAUUAGAUUUAUUUGAAUUCAAUAUAUUAACUUUAGAUUCUUCAUAAGAGAAACAUAGAUUAGUCUAUAGCAUUUUAGAAAAGAAUGGUUUUAUUUCUUAAUAUAAAAUGAAUUAAUAAUGUUUAGCCUAAUUUUUAAGUGUUCUUUAAAAGAAAUACAAUAAAAAAAAUAAUUCAUUUCAUAAUUAUGAUCAUGGAAUAUCAGUAAUGUAGAGUGCUCAUUUUAUGUUGUAAUGUGGAAAGGCUAAAUAAUUUAUUGAUGAUUUUAGAAGAAUGACAACUAUAAUAUCAGGACUUUGUCAUGAUGUUUCACAUUCUGGAAGAACAAAUGUAUUUAUGAUAAAUAGUUAAUCUAAAUUAGCAACUAGAUAUCAUGAUUCAAGUGUAAGAAUAUAUUUUAUUAUAGCCUCUUGAAUAACAUCAUGCUGCAACUACAAUAUUCAUGCUUAAAGAUUAAUCAUUAAAUUUCCUUAGUAGUUUAACAAAAGAAUAACAUUAAUUAUUUAGACGCAUUCUAAUAGAUAAUAUUCUCUACACAGAUAUUAAAGUUCAUUUUACUCUUUUGAAAGAUUUCGAAAGUAGAAUUAAAGAAGAUGUAGCUAAACCAUUUGGAACAGGAGAUGAUGAUCUUAAACUAUUAACAGGUAUGAUUAUUCAUACUGCUGAUUUUAAUGGAGGAGCUAAAGUAUUUGAAAUCUCAAGAAUUUGGUCUGAAAGAGUUAAUAAAGAAUUUAGUGCUCAAUAUGAAGAGGAAGGUCGUUUGGGUAUUCCACAAACACCUUUCUUAAAAGAUUUAGAUAAAAUACACAUUAUGGCCAAAUCUGAAAUGGGAUUCUUUAAGGUUAUAGUUAGGCCUUUAUGGUUUACUCUAAAUGCCUUUUUUGUAUAUAUUAAUCACAUUUUUAUUAGGAUGGCUUCUUGCAUUAGAGUAUAACCAAUCUUGAUACUACUAUUAUUAGUUGGGAAAAGAUAUAUCAUGCUAAUCUUCCAAAAGAAGAACGACCAUAAUAAUCAUGA